ACGUACGACGUCGAGACGUGGCUGACGUUCGUAGCUUUUACUUGUCACAAACUCAGCUCGUCUCUUGUGAAGUCGAGGUAUUUUUAUUUUAUUUGUGAGACAAAUAUUAAAUACCGCGUCGCUCGUUUUCAAAGUGAAUUAAAAAAUAUAUUUAAUAAAAAAUGGAUCAAAUUGCCAAGUUUGUUGAACCUGGGAAGCAGUUCGCCAAGGACUCCAUCAGAUUAGUCAGAAGGUGUACGAAGCCUGACAGAAAAGAAUUCCAAAAGAUCGCCAUAGCCACAGCUAUCGGUUUCUGCAUCAUGGGUUUCAUCGGUUUCUUCGUAAAGUUGAUACACAUUCCCAUCAACAACAUCAUUGUUGGAUCGUAGGCUAGUAGUAGUUUAGUUGUACCUUACCAUAAGCCCUUGGAUUUGUCUAAGUUAAUUCUCACUUUCAUAAAGCUAUCAUCAAAUUCUCUUAGAAUAAAUUAUUUCAUUUUCUAA